AUGGCCAAGAUGAAGUUGGGAUCAAUGUUGAAGUCCGGCAAAGCACCAACUGGUCAGCUCGUCCACAUCUCGGAUAAUUUCUUACGUUUGAGGCAAGCAUGCUGUGCUCCAGGUUUGCUUUUGGAUGCAUCAAAAGCCAGAGUCGAGAAGCAGAUCAUCAAGAACGAAGCAGAUGAAGAUGAUGAGAACCCUCAAGAGAACACAGACGCACAGUACACCAUAUCCAGAGAACUGGAGCAACUUUGCCGGUCGGUGGAGAAAGACCAUGUGCUACCGGCGAAGACCAGGGUGCUACUCAGUCUCUUGGACCGGAUCUACGGACAAGACCCUGAAGCAAAGGUCCUGAUCUUCACGGAAUGGACGAAGCAUUUGCAGCGCAGUUCUCGCGGAUACAACUUUUCCCCUUUCCAUGGUGAGCUCUCACCUAAUCAGAGGGAUGAAGCCCAAGCAGAGUAUUUCCCCGAUGGCGUCAAUGGAUCGAUCCUCACCGUUGGGGCUGGUAGAGUGGGGUCGAAUCUGGUGAAGGCGAACAUUGUGAUCAUGUUGAGCCCGCCUUGGAACCCACAGCGAGACGCUCAAGCAAUGGACCGGGCCUAUCGGAUCGGACAACAUUUAGACGUCGAGGUCCACCGCAUCUUCACCCUCUCUAUGGAACUUCGAACAGGCUACAAUUGA